AUGGUUCAAACGACCACUACUCCAACAUCGCCACCAACUACCAAGGCGCCUGUGGUAACAACAACAACCCCAAAAUCACCUACUCCAACAACGAAGGCUGAAAAUAUCCCUCAACCUGUGUCCACUUCCCAACCGCCCAAAACCAAGAAACCUGUAAUUGUCACCACCCGUAAACCAUCAACAACCACCAUCAUGGUUAGCCAAGGGACAACAACUAAUAAAGAAUCAGAGUCCAGAGCAACAACUCCAAAGCUGGUGCACGAUAAAGUCACCACACCUAGUCAAACCUCUCUGAUCACACCAACUACAGCUCUUCCCCCGGCCAUGUCUACUGUAACUUCACAAGUCGCCGCAAGCAGCACCUCAGCAAGAAAAACACCAGGCCCCCGUGAUGACGCGAAGACACAUGGAGUUGCCGCCACUACUGUUUCCCAGAUGAAGCUGAAGACCACUGCAGAAACUAGUACCAUCACGUUCAAGUCUCCUGUCAUCACGAAGCACACCAUUCGUCCCAGUAUCCGAGGAACCACGGCUCCUACUGCUCAUCUUCCAACAGGUACCACUGACACCACUGCUACUAAAGUAAAUCAGAUGCAGGGAGACCAGCCAAUCCCGCAAAGAAACCCAGUCAAUGUGACCCCAGCAGCAACACAGAAACAAACGGUGACCCCUACAGCUGUGAACGUCCUGCCGUCACCGACAUCAAAGAUAUCGACCGAGUCAGCAGUACCAACUACGGCGGCUGACAAGAAGCCGACGACUGCCCAACCAACGAAGCAUACAGUCCCUGACCAGAAGACGUACCAAACGGUUCCCAUGGUUAGAAUCGUGCAGGAGGCUGCCGAUGUCACGCGCGCUCCCGACAUGAAGACGGCGACGUUGACCCACCAAGCGCCAACUGCCUGGUCAAAUAAAACGGAGGCCAGUAAGCAUGCGCCUGUGAUUCAGCCUGAAGUGGCGAAGCCUACGUCAGUCAGUACUACCUUGGCACCUCAACCGCCACAUCUGUCCACCCGGCCCUCUAUCGAGUUCGUAGCCACGCCGACAGCUUACCGGACGCCGUGGCACGCCGUCACCUCUGGCGACACGGCGGGAACCAGCGAAAACGUCUCGUCCAUCACGGCAGUACAGGAUGGCGCAACAGCCUUGGAGACAGCAACCGUGACGUCAUCCACGCCGAUCGAAUUCUUCACCGCAACAGAAAGUAUGACGCCAAAAGUUGUUUCUCAAGAAACUAAGCAGUCCACGCUUGCCUCCGUCACAAAGAGCACCGCUGAUCAGAAGAAGUAA